AUGGGUCCGGCCAUCGAUAUUGAGUAUCAAUGUCCAUAUCUGGAAGGUUAUGAUGGAGCUGUGGUCAUUCCUGGAUACGACAUUGAAGACUUACGUAGGCCCAGGUCAGAUCAUUAUGUUAGCAACUGCAAAAAAUGAAG